ACUAUUUCCGUCGACUCUGCAGAGCCAUCUUCACUUCCAUCUGCUGUAGGGGCUCAGCACCAAACCGGGGCACAUAGAACUGACAUUGGAGUACACAGUACUCUCACCAGUUCUAAUGAAACCAGGCCAAACUCUGGCACUGAGAGGGGUCCUAUCGCCACUGGGCGGGAUGAAUCAAGUCAACGUACUUCAAGUACCAUACAGCAGCACCAAACUCAGGCAGAAAUGGCUUUGUGUCUCGAGGCUCAGACCAGUCGGAUUGCUGUUGCUGCCUCUAAGGCUGCAAUGAAACGGCAACAAGCAAGUGGGCUACUUUUAAAUUCUAGUAAGGAGGCUAAUGAGACCUCUUCUGUGACGGCAACAACAGAUGCUAUCUCCGCUGAUAGUGGCUGGACAGGUUCAGGUCAGCCACGU